AUGGCGUCCGCAAAACGAAAAUUAACAGGCGACGAGGCCUCGACAAAACCAGCGACCAAGCGAUCCAAGUCCGACUCCAAGCCUAAAGCGGAAGCCGCAAGCACUUCCUCUGCACAGGACAAAAAGGCAAAGCCGAAUUCAGUAUCAGUCCUUGCCAAAGAGCAACCUGCUUUCCCCAGAGGAGGGGCGGGUGUGCUGACCCCGUUGGAGAGAAAGCAAAUCCAAAAGAAGGCCACCCGCGACGCCGAAAGGGAGCAAAAGCAGGGCCGGGAUCUUUUCGAUGAAGGAAGCAAAUCGCUACAUGACACUAGUGACGAAGAGGCCCCUUCAGAUGUCGAUACGGAGGUGAAGAAGCCUACAAAGAGACAACGUAAAAAGAAAGCACGGUCCAAAGAUGCUGCUGAUACCACUGAGCCGGAAGUACGAAUCGAAGGUCUCAGUUACAAACGGCUCACUACCGGGUCUCUGAUUUUAGGUCAAAUUACGGCUGUGAGCUCCAGGACGCUUACUGUCGCACUGCCAAACAACCUUGUUGGAUAUGUACCUUUGACCUCAAUCUCGGCACAGUUGAGCGAAAAGAUACAAGCGCUUUUGAAUGAGAAAGAUGAAGAGGAAGACUCAAAUGACAGCGGAGAUGAGGAUGACGAUGACAUCGCUUUGACAAACUACUUCCACGUCGGACAGUAUCUGCGAGUAGCAGUUACCUCUACCGAGCAAGAUAAUACUGCUGGAAAAGCACCCACAAAGCGGCGCAUUGAGUUGUCAGUUCAACCUUCACUGACAAAUGUUGGUAUUGGUCGGGCAAACCUCGCUCUUGGAGCCACUGUCCAGGUAGCUGUGAGCAGCAUAGAGGACCAUGGCUUGGUGGCAGAUCUGGCUCUCGAAGAUCAGAAUGUUCGUGGCUUCAUCCCGAAAAGUCAAUUGCCCGCCAGUCUGCCUCUUUCCAGCAUCAAGACGGGAUCAGUUUUCCUCUGCAGUGUCAUUGAGCUCGGCUCCAGCGGUCGCGUUGUGAAGCUCUCGGCUGACCCAUCAAAAUGGAUCCCACUUGCCACCGCACCGUCUGUAGACACAUUUCUUCCGGGUACCAAGGCUGAGAUCCUGGUCGAGAACAAGACUGAGGUUGGUCUCUCAGGAAAGAGCAUGGGUCUUGUGGAUGCGACGGCGGAUCUUGUCCACUCGGGCUCCUUCAGAGACAAAGAAGCGUUCCUGGCCAAGUACGAGGCGGGCAAGAAAAUUCACGGUCGCUUGAUCUGCACGUUUCCCCUCUCGGAGACGAAAAAGCUGGGCUUUUCGGUAUUGCAACAUGUGUUGGACAUGGAACCCACGGCGAAUAUGGACGGUCGCCCGGAGGGGACUCCGGCUUUGUCUUCCAUUGUUGACGCCGCACCGGUCAUCCGUGUUGAACCCGGGCUUGGGAUAUACCUACAAUUAAGUCCCAACACUGUGGGCUUCGCUCAUGUCUCUCGCUUGUCAGACGACAAAGUGGAAAUGCUAUCGGAAACCAGUGGUCCAUUCAAGCUGGGGUCCGAGCACAAGGCUAGAAUUAUCGAGUACAACCCUGUUGAUGACCUCUACUUGGUAUCUCUUCAGAAGAAGGUGCUUGAGCAAUCGUUCCUGCGAUACGAGGAUGUUCCACUUGGCGCGAUCGUGAAGGCGACUAUUGAGAAAUUGCUGGUUGGUCCGGACGGCGUUCGAGGCUUGGUGGUCAAUCUUGCCGAGGGCAUCAGUGGUCUUGUACCACAAAUCCAUUUAUCUGAUGUUGAACUGAAACAUCCUGAAAGGAAGUUCCGGGAAGGCCAGACCGUGACUGCAAGAGUUAUCACCACCGAUCCUCAAAAGAAGCGCAUAAGGCUUACCCUGAAGAAGACACUGGUCAACAGCGAUCAGAAGCCAUGGUUGCGGUACGAGGACAUUGAAUCUGGUGAUUCAACCCUCGGAACCUUGACUAAGGUCGACCCUCUUGGGGCAGUAGUCCGAUUUUAUGGCCCGGUCCGUGGGUUUCUUCCCGUGUCGGAAAUGAGCGAAGCCUACAUCAAGGAUGCUACUGAGCAUUUCCGUGUCGGUCAAGUCGUGACAGUCACUGCUAUCAGCGUCAACCCUGCGGAGAGGCGAUUGACUGUUUCAUGUCGCGAUAUCAACAAAUCCAACCCGUCCAUUGAGUCUUCUCUGUCAAGUCUAGAGCCUGGGACCAUUGUUAAAGGCACGGUAUUCGAAAAAUCACAGGACGAUAUCCUCCUCCGAUUGGACGGAUCUGACGCUAUUGCACGGUUGACGAAGGAUCAUGUGUCUGAUGGAUCAUCAAAGAAGAGAGAAUCGGCCUUCAACAAAAUCAGGGUAGGACAGAAGCUUGAGGAUGUGGUCGUCCUGCAGGUGCUGCCCAAGAGGAGGUUGGUGAUGGUGUCCAACAAACAAAGUCUGAUCAAAGCAGCUCAGGAGGGCACGCUUCUCAAAAGUUAUGAACAGUUACAGCCAAAUGCUCUGGUGACGGGUUUUGUUUCCAACAUCACCAGUGACGGCGUUUUCGUGAGCUUUGCUGGUGGCAUCAGUGGGCUCAUCACGAAGGCGCAGGUGCCUGUCGAGGCCACCGAUGAGAGAGACUUCGGAAUGACCAAGUUUCAACCUGUCACUGCCAAAGUCUUGUCAAUUGACUACAAGGGUGCCACGCCCCGGUUUUGGCUGACCAUGAGGGAGAACCCUGCCAAUACUCGUCCCGAACCCGCCGCGGCUGCUGUUCAGGACGUACCGGCCCUUGUGAACCCUGUUGAUACGGAGCUGAAGACUAUUAACGACCUCUCCGUAGGUCGGGUCACGAAAGCUCGGAUCAUUUCGGUCAAGGACACACAGAUCAACGUGGAAUUGGCGAAAGAUGUACAAGGUCGAAUCGAUGCUUCGGAAAUCUUUGAUGAGUGGAAAGACAUCAAAGACCGGAAGCGACCUCUGAAGCAAUUCAGUCCGAAGCAGGAGCUUACUGUCAAGAUACUCGGGGCCCAUGAUACCCGGAACCACCGAUUUCUUCCCCUUACGCAUCGCAAUGGCAAGAAUACUGUGUUUGAGCUUUCUUGCAAACCCAGCACUGUUGCAGCCCCAAACAACAGCAUCCUCAAAUUGACAGACUUGUCGGUGGGAUCGUCCUGGCUGGCGUUCGUCAACAACAUCUCCGAAAAUGGCCUGUGGGUGAAUAUAUCGCCUUCUGUUCGUGGCAGAAUCCGUGCAACAGAUGUAUCCGAUGACUUGUCACUUGCUGCGAAUCUCGAGAAGGCCUUCCCUAUUGGGUCCGCACUCAAGGUUCAUGUCCUUGCCGUCGAUCCUGAAAAGAAUCGCUUGGACUUGACAGCCAGAUCCGACGGACUCGCAAGCUCUCUGACGAUUAAAGACGUCUCCAAGGGACUUGUGCUCCCAGGACGUGUUACCAGGGUCACUGACCGCAACAUAUUGGUCCAACUGAGCGACCAGGCUGUGGGCGCGGUUGAUCUGAUCGAUAUGGCGGAUGACUACAACGAAGCAAACCCGGCCAAAUUCCAAAAGAAUGACAUACUCCGAGUAUGUGUUCUCAAGGUCGAUGUCCCGAACAAAAAGAUCCAGCUUUCAACGCGGCCCUCCAAGGUGCUGAGCUCUUCGAUGAAAGUCACCGACCCAGAAAUCACUUCCAUCAGUCAGCUUUCUGUUAAUGAUGUGGUGCGGGGAUUUAUCAGCAACGUAUCAGACAAAGGUGUCUUCGUGACUCUCGGACAUGGUGUUACUGCUUUCGUUAGGGUAACUCAUCUCUCUGACAGUUUUUUGAAAGAGUGGAAGGACCACUUCCAGCGGGAUCAACUGGUCAAGGGAAAGAUCAUCAUGAUAGACCAGGCCUCUGGUCACGUGCAGAUGAGCUUGAAAGAGUCGGCAUUGGACCCUAAUUACAAGGCGCCAUUGACGUUCAAUGACCUACAUGUCGGAGAUAUAGUCACCGGCAAGGUCGUCAAAGUUGAGCCCUUUGGAGUAUUUAUCGCGGUCGACAACUCGGAGAAUGUGCGUGGCUUAUGUCAUCGAAGUGAGAUAGCGGAGAAGCGGGUGGAAGAUGCCACCAAGCUGUUCAAAGAAGGGGACGCUGUGAAGGCCAAGGUUCUGAAACUUGAUCCCGCCCAGCGGAAAGUCAACUUCGGGAUGAAAGCGUCUUACUUCAUCGACACAGUCGACGAUGACGCGGAAAGUGAGGCAGACUCGGAUACUGAAAGUCAUGUAUCUGGCGGUGCUCAGCUGGGUGAAGACGAGGACGAAGACAUGCAAGACGCAGACGACAGUGGAGAGGAAGAGGACGCAAGUGACAGCGAUGACGAUGAGGACGAUCCAGACAACGCCAGUGAAGUCGAUGGUGAGACUGGCGAGAGUGAUGACAGCGAAGCUGAAGAGCAAGAGGUCAAGGACUCUGCCGCUGCCAGUCAAGGCAAAGGUCUCAAUGUUGGAGGCUUCAAUUGGUACGGGAUGCCAGAAGCUCCAAGUACAACGGGCAGCAAGCGGGCGGCUGAAGAAUCCAGCUCGGAUGAGGAUGCGGACACAGCGGCCAAGGUCCCCAAGAAGAAGAAAAAGCGAGCCGGAAUCCAAGUCGACCGAACUGGAGACCUUGAUGUUGACGGGCCUCAGUCCAUCGACGACUUUGAGCGACUGCUCAUGAGUGAGCCGGACUCGUCGCUCUUGUGGCUCCAAUACAUGGCGUUCCAUUUGGAGCUGGGAGAUGCAGACCAGGCACGGCAAAUUGGCGAGCGAGCCUUGAAGUCGAUCGGACUUGGCCAGGAGGCUGAGAAAUUGAAUGUCUGGGUUGCACUGCUCAACUUGGAGAACGCCUACGGAGACGAUGAGACAAUCGAGGCCAUCUUCAAGCGGGCGUGCGAGUACAACGACCCCCAGGAGAUCUACUCGCGCCUGACCAGCAUCUACAUUCAAUCUGGCAAGCACGACAAGGCGGACGAGUUGUUCCAGCGGAUGCUCAAGAAAUUCGCGCAGGAUCCGAAAGUGUGGAUCAACUAUGCCACUUUCCUGUUCGACAGGGUGGGCGAUGCCGACAAGGCACGAGCGCUGCUCCCACGCGCCCUACAGACGCUACCCAAGUUCACCCACUUCGACACGACGCUGAAGUUCGCGCAGCUCGAGUUCAAGUCCCCCAACGGAUUGGCUGAAAGGGGUCGAACCAUCUUCGAGGGUCUGAUCAGCUCGUUCCCCAAGCGGGUCGAUCUGUUCAAUGUCCUGCUCGACCUCGAGCUCAAGCAGGGCGAUCGGGAGCAGAUCCGCGCCCUGUUCGAGCGCGUUUUCAGCGGCAGGCUUAAGCCGAAGCAGGCCAAGUACUUUUUCAAGCGGUGGUUGGCCUUUGAAGAGGCCGAAGGAGACGAACGGCAGGUGGAAGCAGUCAAGGCUCGGGCAGCCGAAUGGAUCCGUGCUGCCGGGAAAGAUGUUGACAUCUGA